UUUGUUUUCGGAAGUUUGAGUUGACUGUCCGUAGCGUUAUCAUGUCUGGCCGUGGAAAGCAGGGAGGUAAAGUCCGGGCUAAAGCGAAGUCUCGCUCUUCUCGUGCUGGGCUGCAGUUUCCAGUGGGUCGUGUUCACCGUCUGCUGCGCAAAGGGAACUAUGCGGAGCGAGUGGGCGCCGGCGCCCCGGUUUACAUGGCCGCGGUGCUGGAGUACCUGACGGCUGAGAUCUUGGAGCUGGCUGGCAACGCCGCUCGGGACAACAAGAAGACCCGCAUCAUUCCCCGCCACUUGCAGUUGGCCAUCCGCAACGAUGAGGAGCUGAACAAACUGCUGGGCAAAGUCACCAUCGCUCAGGGUGGGGUUCUGCCCAACAUCCAGGCGGUGCUGCUGCCCAAGAAAACCGAGAGCCACAAAGCCAAGGGCAAGUGAGGUUGCUCUCCCUCCUUACAACUGAACCCAAAGGCUCUUUUAAGAGCCACCCACAAAAUCUUAAAAAAGCUGAGUCUCCGAAUUCUUGUUCCAAGCAGUAAAUUCAUAGGUGUUCAGACAAACCUGCUUUCUGCUGUAGAGCGCUGGUAUACCAGAAAACUGAGAAACAAUGAAAUCGGAUUAGAGACACUUUGCUGGUGGUAGUUUAAAAACCAGAAUAACAAAAUGUUAAGGC